GGUUACGAACGCCAGCGGACGCUAAGCCGGGUUUUAGAAGGUUUAGAGUGUUUGAAGCAGGGGGAGUUGCUUGGAAAACAGCGGAUAAAGCCAAGGGACGGCUAGGAUUUCACUGGUGAGCAAGAAGCGGUGUGACAGCAGGACAGCUCUACUGCGGGGAGGAGUGACUUUCGUCUCACUUCCACGUUAACGAACGGGAAAGACGCCCGGAAACAGGUUGGGGUAAACCGGUAUCAUGUAGGAGGAAGGCGAAGCUAUUUUGGAUCUUUCCCGGGAGAUCCUGGAACCUGGACGGGUGUCAUUUCCACAGCGGCGUCGCUCUGACCACCUCCGCCCUCCUUUCACCUUGUGCAGGAUGGAGGCGUGGGACUCUAGUUUUCCCGAGUGCCCUUUCUGUGCCAGGAUCCCGCGACCCUGUUCGAACACACAAGCUGGGAAACUGAAGGUUCGAGUUGGAAUUUAGUGGAACUGGCAGAUGCCAGCCCCUCUCCACCGCGUAGUUAGGAGGCCGCAGUGAUAUGUUGUACUUUAUUGGAAUAUUGACUUUAAACAGCAUCCUGGGAGAAGUAGUGUUGCCUUUGGUGCAGAUCUAAGUGGAGCACUAAAUCUUGGAGGGGUUGACAGUGAUUCACAGAAAGGCUUGUAACAGAGCCUGAGGAGGAGUUGGUAAGGUCACCACAAAAAUCUUACAUGAACGAGGAGUUGCUGUUAAACCUCCGCGAGUCUGAUUUUCCGAGUGUGUCUGCGUGGUGUGCAAGAGUGGAAGAGCAUGAUUCUAACUGCGAGACUGAGCCCAAGCCACCGUUUGCAGGACAGAAGCUGGCCAAAGCACGCAGACUCCUACAAGUCUAGGAAAUAAUGUUUGGGGUGGAAUUCAUGAAAAAUCGGAUCCGUUCCGCCAGUGCACGGAGCCUGAUCAUCACCUCGUUUCUUUGUGGCACACAUCCAUUGGAGCUGCUUUUUAGAAAUAGAGGAUGGAGAUUCAGGUGCCCUCCUUCAGACCCUGUUUCCCCGUGGGUUGUCCUCUGGCCACACAGCAUCCCUUAUGAGAGCCUUGGGCUCCUGGGCUCGUUCACUCAGUACCUGGUGGACCAUCAUCACACCCUCCUGCACAACGGGUAUUGGUUUGCCUGGAUGAUUCACGUGGCAGAGUCCUUGUAUGCCAUGGUGCUGUGCAAAUAUAAAGGAAUCACAAAUGGUCGGGCUCAGCUACUCUGGUUCCUACAGACUUUCUUCUUUGGGAUAGCAUCUCUUUCCAUCUUGAUUGCUUACAGACCAAAGCGCCAAAAACAAAAUUAAAAGCAAAUAUACAGAA